AUGGGAAGGAUAUUUACGGUGGAGCUCGAGGGAAGAUCUUACAGAUGCAGGUUUUGCAGAACCCAUCUAGCUCUUCCCGAUGAUCUUGUUUCUCGGUCGUUCCAUUGUCGCAGAGGAAAGGCUUACCUCUUCAAUCGUUCGGUGAACAUAAGUAUGGGUCCUCUAGAGGAAAGGAUGAUGCUUUCGGGUAUGCACACCGUAGCUGAUAUUUUCUGCUGCUGUUGCGGACAGAAUGUUGGCUGGAAAUAUGAAUCGGCUCACGAGAAAGCUCAGAAGUAUAAAGAAGGCAAAUUUGUUCUGGAAAGAGGAAGGAUCGUGGAUGAAAUCGAUCUAUCGACAGAGGUUUAUAUCGAUACCCGUGGUAGCACAAGCGACACAGAAGAUUCUUGA